GCCAUAAUUUACAAUCAAUCGGUAAGAAAGAGAUAAAGUCAACGAGUUGACUAAAAUGAAAAAUUCUCCGAUAGCAAUCUCCCUUCUCUUCGCUCUCCUAUCGCCGGUUCUUCUACCUUGCUCCGGCGAUUUCACCGGUGGCGUCGAGGAUGAAUCUCCUCCGACCGUAUGUAUCGUCGGGAGUGGAAUCGGAGGCUCAUCCGUAGCUCACUUCCUCCGUAACUACUCUGUUUCCACCGGCUUAAAUCGAGCCAAGAUUUUGAUGUUUGAGCGUCACGAGAUAGUCGGUGGGCGCAUGAGGACAGUUACUGUCGCCGGUGAUACCUUCGAGGCCGGUGGUUCGAUUCUGCACCCGAAGAACUAUCACGUUAAGGAUUUCGUCGAGAGGUUCAAUUUGACGGUUCGAUUGCCGACGCCGAUUGAAGAAUCUUCAGCGAUUGGAAUCUGGGACGGGAAGAAAUUUGUCGUCAAGACAUUCGGUUCCGGUACCAAGUUUCCGUUUUUGGAUACGAUCGUCUCUUGGGUGAAUGAUCUCUACUUGUUCUUGCGUUACGGGUUCUCACUGUUGAGAAUGAGCAGCUUCAUUGAGAAUACAGUUGAUAAUUUCUUGAAGUACUAUGAAAGCCUAGAAUCAAGACCUAUCUUCGACAAUGUUGAAGGGAUGCUUAAAUGGUCAGGCUUGUACAAUCUCACAAAGCUCACUCUACAGGAGAAAUUAUCUGAAGCUCAGCUUUCUCCUUUAUUAGUCAACGAGCUGGUUACUGUCAUUACAAGGAUAAACUAUGGACAGAGUGUACUCAUCAGUGGACUAGCAGGUGCUGUCUCUUUGGCGGGUUCAGGAGGAGGAUUAUGGUCCGUUGAAGGUGGAAACUGGCAGAUGGCUGCAAAGCUGAUUAAUCAUUCAGAUAUUACGUUACACCUGAACGAGAAAAUUGAAUCCAUUUCACAUCUCGGGAACCAUUACGAGCUUAACUCCACAAAAGGAAACAGUUACAAGUGUGAUGUCACAGUAGUUGCCACACCAUUAGAUGAGGUGGAUAUUCAGUUCUCACCCGCGAUCUCAAUUCCCAAGAGGGAACUACAACACACGCACGCAACAUUCGUGAGGGGGCUUUUAAACCCAGGAUACUUUGGGAUGAAAUCGCUUUCGGAUGUUCCAGCUUUGUUGGGAACCCUUGAAGAUCCUCUAAUUCCAUUCUCAUGCAUCUCCAUUCUAAGGAAAUAUAGUAAAACAGAUAUGACAUACAAGAUUUUUACGAGACAACCUGCAUCAGAUUCGUUGCUUGAUGAGCUCUUCAGUAGGAGAACCGAAACCGUUCGAAUAGACUGGGGUGCAUAUCCCAAGUACCAUGCGCCUGAAGUUUUCGCACCUUUCAUAUUGGAUGACCAUCAUUUGUACUAUGUGAAUGCUUUUGAAAACGCGGCGAGCACAAUGGAGACAAGUGCAGUGGCUGGUGAGAACAUUGCGAGACUCAUAAUUUCCCGAUUUAUGACAAAGGAAUCAUCAUCUUCCUCGGAGAAAAGAAGCUGUAGUUCUGGUCUGCACUCAGACUUAUAAGCAACUUUGGUCCCCACAUGAACAAGGACUUUUGACUGUGUUUUGAAGAAGAAUAUUAUGUUAAUGUAUAUAGACAACAAAAACUGUAAUUGUUUGAGUUACUUUGAUUGUGUUUGUUCCUCGUAAGCUAAUUGGAGGCUUCUCUUUUUUUUUU